AUGGCCCUGGCAGGCUGCAGGUCGGCCGGGGGAUGCGGGCAGGAGCUGACCGACCAGGUCCCUCGAUCGGAGGAGGAAUUCGGGAAAUACUUCCAGCAGCGGGAGGACGAGGAGGAGCGCUGGGGCUGCUGCCCGGGAGCGGCACGGCCGUGGCCGAGGGAUGCGGAGGGAGGGGAGGCAGCCUGCGGGGCGGGCCGGCUGAGCGCAUCCCCGGGCGCGCCCGGCCGCGUGUGUAGGACCGAGGACCGAGCGAGAGAGAGAGCGGCCGGCCCCCGCCCCGACCCUGCCCAGCCCCACGCUGCUGCCCAGAGCGCGAUCCCAGCGCCGGCGGGGGCUGCCGGGGGGCGGCACGGGGCACCGGGGCCGUGCGGGAGCGAUGGGGAGGCGGGGGUGGGAUGCUCGCACACGGCACACACACACCGGGAACGCUCCCUACAACCCCGCCGCGGCACCUCCGGGCGGGCGGAGGGGCUCGCUGCCCUCCCCCGGCGGCCAAUCGCGACAUGUCGCGACGGGAGGCGCGGCUGCGGCGGGGGUCGGUUCCCCGCUAGCCCGGGAGCCGGGCAUCGGCGGGCAUCGGCGGGCAUCGCCGGGCAGGUGGGGUCGGGCAGGGUUGAGCUGAUCCCGCUCCCGGGGGGCUCGGGGCGCAUCCCCGUGCGCGGCGGGGCGCGGUGCCUCCGCCUGGCGGGGCUGUGCGUGCCGCCGGGCAGCGCUGCUCCCCCUGCCUCGAAACGCUGCCCGAGGGGAGUGCUCGGCGGCACCUGCAGCCACGCCGAAAUUCCCCUUUUCCUCUCGAGCGGCGUGCGGUGUUAA